CUCAAGUUGUGGCCGUGUUUAUUUGAAUUGUAUCUUUGGAACACUACACACUGUACCCGUGCUGCUCAAGUGUACAAAAGCAACGUCUUUCUUCCGUCACGACUCGACAGCGAUGGGCGGGCACGACGACCUAAAGCAGCCACUGAUGGGAGCGCAGCCCUCUGCGCCUCCACUUGGCUCUGGAUACCCAGCUGCUGCAGCGCCCGCCACCGGCUAUCCCGUAAUUCGCCCGGAGGAGCAACAGCAGCAGCCGGCCCGCGCAACCUUCUACCCCUCCAUCCCCUCCGCUGGUGCCGGUCCCUCAUUCAGCGGCAGCUAUGCUCCACAGCCUCAGAUGGUGGCGCCGCCGACCGAGGUGGUGAUUGUGUCGUGCCGCCACGACCACGAGUGCGGCGGGCCGCCAGAGCGCAUGAUGUGCGGCAACUGUCGGCACCUGGUUACGCCCAGCGUGCGGAAGCGAUGGGGGCUGUGUUCGUGCAUCACGGCCGUGGGGCUGUGCUCCACCGGCCUGGGGCUGUGCUUCUGGCUGCCAUUCUGCUGCCCCGUCACUCUGGACACCGUGUACCAGUGCCCCACGUGCGCGGCGGAGCUGUACCGGCGCAGGGCGCCGUUCGAAUGAGAGGCGGGCUUGCGCAAACCAAGGUGGUGUUGGGAGUUUUCAGGGCAAUUGCUGUGUAGAUUGGUUGUGAUGCAAGAGCCAAGGCUGCUCUGAGCACUGAGGAUGUUUUCUGCAAUGGCCGGGCCGGGUAGGACGGCAGAAAUCGCGUCGUUGUCUCACCCACCCACUCGACGCCACGCACCGGUGGGUGCCGACACAGCAGUGGAGACGGACAUACCGCAAUUCUACUGGGUUUGUGUUGCAUGUCGAGGAUACGGUAUGAUUUUUAAUGAACAGUGACGGGUGUGGCAGAAGAUCGUGUCACGCUGUACAAAUGAUGAGCAGAUGCUUGAUAGCCUGGGAGCAUGUGAAGUCAUGUCAUAGGCGUGGAUAGUGAGGGCCAGAGCCCAUCCUGAUUGGGCACGCCGCCUGCUGGUCCAUGCACCUCACCGCACCGCCGCUUUGUCAAACGAUUAGCUGUCCUGCAGCACGGCGCCGUACAUGGGCCUACCCUACCCCAAGCCUGGCCCCACAACUACUCAGAUCAGACAA